AUGACACAGGCAGAAGAGAGUGAAAAUAUUUUCGGUGUUUCACAUAGAAUAAUUACCAAGGUAAUACCAGACAACUUGGUACUCAGCAUUAAUGGUACUGGGGAUGUACAUAACUCUUAUGAAAAGCAGUACACACCAUCAGAGAUUUGCUAUGCUUUCAAGACUUCAACAAAAGACCAGAUUGUCAGUCCUUUGGAUGUAGUGAAGUUACUUGAAUCUGACUUUAAUGAAACCAGAACUGAUGAAGUGUAUAUGUCUCAGGAAGAUUUCCGGUUCAUGAAGAUUAUUGAGAAUGGUAUUCACAAGGGAGAUGAUGGGCUUUAUACAAUGCCACUCCCGUUUAAACAUGAUAAACCUAAAUUGCCAGACAACAAGAUUAUGGCAGAGAAUCGCUUGCAGUACCUUCGGCGUCGAUUUAAGAGUGAUCCUAAGUACUUAAAUGACUAUAAAGUGUUCAUGCAGAGCAUCAUUUCAGCGGGCGAUGCAGAAUUAGUUGAGAAACAAGAAGAAGAAGUUGGACAUGUCUGGUACAUACCUCACCAUGGAGUCUACCACCUCAAAAAACCUGGUAAAAUACGUGUUGUAUUUGACUGUAGUGCCAGAUACAAAGGAACAAGCCUAAAUGACCAUUUAUUGCAAGGUCCAGACCAAAUAAAUUUUCUUGUUGGUGUUCUUUGUCGCUUCCGGAAGGAGAAGAUUGCUAUCAUGUGUGAUAUCGAGAGAAUGUUCCAUAGAUUCAGAGUAGCAGAGCAGGAUAGAGAUUUUCUUCGAUUUCUUUGGUGGAAGAAUGACGAUAUAGAUUCUGACCCAGUUGUAUACAAGAUGAGAGUACAUCUCUUUGGUGCAGUGUCUUCACCGGUGUGUGCGAAUUAUGGUCUUAAACGUAUAGCUAAAGAUAAUCAACAGUAUGGUAGUGAUGUAGUCUACUUCGUUAACAGGAAUUUUUAUGUAGAUGAUGGCCUGCAAAGUGUUGAAUCAGUGUCUAAAGCUGUUAAACUCAUUCAAGAUGUUCAUGAUCUUUGUGCAGAAGGGAAUCUUCGUCUGCACAAAUUUGUUUCCAAUAGCAGGGAUACUAUGGAAUCGAUACCUAUCUCAGAGCAAGCACAAAGCAUCAAGGACUUAGAUCUUUCUUCCAGUGACCUACCAGUAGAAAGAGCCCUCGGUGUUGAAUGGUGUGGAGAAUCAGAUUCCUUUCAGUUCAGACCAGCCAUUAGAAAUCAUUCCCCUACACGUCGUGGUAUCCUGUCAACUGUGGCUUCGAUAUUUGAUCCACUUGGAUUUCUUGCACCACUUGUCUUGUGUGGUAAAUGUAUUUUACAGGAGAUGUGCAAGAAGGGUAUGGAAUGGGAUGAACCCCUACCAGAUAAUCUUAGUACAAAAUGGGAAUCAUGGCUUUCUGAAAUUCCUAAGUUGGCUGAUCUCAAAAUCAGGAGAUGCUACAAACCAGAAUGUUUUGAAGACUUGAAGAAAGUUGAGCUGCACCAUUUUUCAGAUGCUAGUCUUACAGGAUAUGGACAAUGUUCCUAUCUGAGAUUAGUUGAUGUUCAUAGUAACAUACAUUGCUCCCUUGUCUUAGGAAAAGCAAGAGUCACUCCUCUGAAACCAGUGACUGUUCCCAGGUUGGAACUUCAAGCUGCAGUUACUUCCAUUAAAGUCAGCAACUUCCUAAACAAAGAAUUAGACUAUGAAAACAUAGACAAUUUCUACUGGACAGACUCAAAGGUAGUACUUGGUUAUAUUGGAAAUGAUGCACGUCGCUUCCAUAUAUAUGUGGCGAAUCACAUAGAGAAUUAA